AUGUCCAGUGGUAAACCCGAAUUUGACGAAGCUUCCCAAAAAGAACUUGCAAAAUUUCUUGAAGGAGAGAAUGCUAAAAUGCGUCUUCAGCAAUCGAUCCACACUUUUACUGAUCUCUGCUGGGAUAAAUGUAUCUCCAAGUUAAAAGAUUGGAAGAAACACGAAAUCGAUAAGCCGCAUCCUCUUACAG